CCAGGUGACUAUAAUAAGAGGAAAACGGAGGGCGAGGCACGAUUUUGUAAACACCUUCGUCGUUGCCAUCAGCGUUCACCAGUCGCCUCACUUUAAUCCCAGACAUCGGAAGGCUCGCGUCGCGCGGAUUUAAACAGGAAUGCUUAGAACGUCUCUGCGUCGAGUUUCUACCGCGGUUAAAGUUGCCGAAUAUGGUUCACUGAGAGAUUAUUUCGCUUUCUAUCGACGUCUCCACGGGACACGUUGAGGUGUUUCUCGCUUUGUAAAAGGAAACUCGCAAGGAUCGCGAUGACAGCGACGGAAAUCGAACCGGAAACCGAGGCCGACGUCGCGUCGAUGGACCGCUUCUUCUUGGAGCAGAAGGAGCAAUGCGAUCGACUGCUGGCAGAGUAUCACAACGCUACGACGGAAAAUGGUAGCCUUGGGAUACAAUUUUGCCACUGUCCACCUUACUUCGAUGGACUGCUUUGCUGGCCAUAUACGAAAUCCUUGUCGAUGGCUGUUCUGCCAUGCCCUCCUGUAAUGGAGUCCUCUAGGACCACCUUGGAGUCGAAUAACCGAGGUGUCGCGAUAGCCACCAAGGUCUGCAUGGCGAACGGCCAAUGGUACAAAAAUUCGAUGGAGAUCCCGUGGAGUAACUACAGCCUCUGCGAUUUGGGAACCAAAAUGACCAAUUCUCGAGACUACGGGAGGUUCGAGUUCUUGUUAGACAAAUGGCUGCCCAUCGUUAGAAUCGUGUCGCAGAUCGGAUACACUACAUCCUUCGUCAUGCUGGUCGUCGCGAUGGUCGUAUUUUCUCUACUGAGGAAGCUGAGAAACCCAAGAAACAGACUGCACAUGCACCUGUUCUCCUCGUUUAUAAUGAGAGCGUUCAUGGCGCUGAUCAGAGACUGGAUCUUUGUCGACGGGGUGAGGUUCGCCGUGGACGUCGUCUACGUCGACGGGAAGGACGCGUUCAUCAAAGAACGAAGCUUCCAGACGUUGGUGUGCAAGACCAUCACAAGUGCGUGGCAGUAUUGCAUCGUCGCUAAUUAUUCCUGGAUCCUGAUGGAGGGCUUAUACCUGCACAAUCUCGUUGUCCUGGCAUUUUCCGCAGACAGUGCAGCGAUCAACUUGUACAUCCUGAUGGGCUGGGGAUUGCCUGUUUUCGUGGUGGUUCCUUGGAUAAUCAUCCGUGCAACGAUGGAGGACACGCUUUGUUGGACCACCCACGAGAAUCCCUCUUUGUUCCUCCUUAUCAGCAUACCCAUCAUGAUAUCGACCUUCUUCAACUUCCUGCUGUUCAUCAACAUAGUGCGCAUACUGUUCGUCAAGUUCAAGACCUCGGUGCAUUUGCAGCGCAAGAAAAUGCAGUACAGCAGAUGGGCCAAGUCCACCCUAGUCCUGGUGCCUCUUUUCGGAGCUCACUAUACUCUCUUCUUAGGCUUCUCCUACCACAAAGAUCACCGCGUGGAACUCGUCUGGCUUUUCUGCGAUCAAUUCUUCGCCUCCUUCCAGGGUUCCGUCGUGGCUUUACUCUACUGUCUGCUGAACAUCGAAGUCAGAACGGAAAUAAAGCGAGCCUGGCGAGCCAGGUGGUCCAAGAAGUUCACAUGUGGCGAAUCGAGAUCAAGAAUCGGUAACCACUGCAGACGAUGCCCCGAAUGCGACCAUCCUACCGUCUCUGGCACGACCUUGAGGAAUUUGUUCAUGGUGCAGGUGGAUAGAAGAUCCAACGAGUAUUAGUCAGAAAAGGUUCGAAGAACAACCUCCCAACUGGACCAGACUCCAGCCUCUGUGUUUUAUUCUAAUUGUGAGUUAGAGUCAUCUGUAAGCGACUCGAUUACGUAUUAAACUAUCUUUUGUAUGUAAUGCAUGGAUAAUUAUGUACCACUUCAUCAUUAGAAAUUGCAGGUUUACGCUUAUAAAAUGUUUUGCGAAUUUUUUUUUAGUAAAAAAGAGAUGAUAAUCCGCAAUCCACGACGACCCUGACAUAUGACCCUCUUUGCUAAUAAAAGUAGAUCAUGAAAUAAAAUAGUUUGUUGAUAACGUGAUUGACAUGGAAACAUAAUCCUUUAAUUGUUGUUAGCUGUAGAACUAUUAUUGCCGUCGAUAGCGUAGUGCCCACGUGCCUUCGACCAUAAUCUUCCUGCAUUCGACUGGCUUCCCUACCGAUAAAAGUGACGAGGAGCUUCAAUGUACCAUCAGCACUGAAAUAUUGAUUAGGUUGCUGACGAGAUGGCCUUGUCCGUGCUGCUACCUCGUGUUCGAUCCAUCGUACCAUCGCAUUGAUCUACUACGUGUCAUGCAUGUACAUUUGAAAAUUUGCAAAUUAUUUUAUUGAUUGUUUCAGAAAUUGUAUUUUUUAUUGUCUCAUCUGUUAUGAUUUAACCUUUGGAGGAACAGAGCCACCCAUUUUAUUAAUCUAUUCAAUCUUAUUUCAGAGCCAUCCAUUUUAUUAACGUAUUCAAACAUAUUGAAAAAUUUUCUUAUUAACCCUUUGCACUCGGUAAGUUUAACAAAUUUUAUUAGUGACACCACUGCAGACAUAAAGAAUGUAUGUAUCAACGCUUCAAGAAAGUUAUAAGAAUUUAUAAUCAAGUCUAAUAAAACCAAAAAAGACACGUUUCCAAAGUUACGCUAUUUUAUGUAAUGCGAUUCCUGUUCGCACAGUUUGCGAUGGCGCAGAGCGGAGAGGGUUAAUUUACAAGCCUCCAGAAAUAGUACGAUCAGCAUUAAAAAUAAGUAUGUAGUCAUCGAAAGCUCUUUGAAAGCUCCUGAGGUUAGAGAAUAAUGUUUGAAAUUUAAAGUCAAUCAUUUUCUAUGGAACAAGGUGAUAAAAACCACUGUCCAACCCCCUGCUUUCGAGACCACAGCUCUACGAAGUCGCGUGGCACGCGACAGGGUGAGAUGGGGCGUCGAAAAGGCGGGGGCAGAGUAACGAACCGUGAACUAUCUCAUGACACUCGUAACCACCAGAAACAUUAAUCGGGAAGCAGUCGAUUAGAGUGCGGCUCGCCUGGUCUCGUAACAAAGACGUAAUCUGGGCCACGUGGCCGUCGUUGCAUAUUGCAUAACGCGAGGAACGUCAAUUGCUUCACCCUUUGCUUCGCGUUCGCGACUCGCAAUUUGUACCCAACAAUUCGCGUGAUUGAAAUGCCGCGCGCUCGUAUUUUCGAUUAGAAAAACAACACCUUCGAGACGAAGGGUAAUUUAAAAAUGCUGAAGGCGUCGCAAAAGAUAAAGGAUAAAGGAGAUAAUGGAAACGUGAUAAACAAGGACAAUAGCAGAGUAUGGAUUUGGAGGAUCAGGUGGUAAAGGAGUAGCAUCUGCGCCAGCGCCCCUAACAUAAUAUUCUCUCCUCUUCAUACUAACUUAGCUCUCGUGCAAGAUUUUUCUCCUCCCCUGAAGAGUUUCUUCUUCAUUUAUAUGUUUUCUUUACAAAGAGUGUUAUUUUUAUUUAUACUUUCCUCCCUGCAAGAAACAGGAACCACAAGUGGUCCCAGCGAGAGUACAAAGUUAAAAAAUGAAUAACCACCCCCUAUGAAUGGCGCGUACCCUCAAAGCCUGAUUUGUUCGCAAUAAAACGAAAAUAAAAGCUCAUCCAUUCAUUGCAAUCGUAAAUUUCUCGCGCGAAGGAGGCUCGCGAUAGUAGACAGAGGUCGACUCGACGUCCAGGAGCCCAGGGAUGUCGCAUGAUCGAUAAAAUGGUCCACCCAUCCGCAAAUUCGCUUCCUAUGUUCCAUCGUGCGCGCCGCCAACAGAAUGGCGGGCGGUUCUGGGCGUUCUUGCACCCCUAUUCCAGCGAUUCCAUUGGAGUACGCCAGGGAUGCUGUGAAACAGAGACAAACGAACGAGAAGCGAAGGGUGAACGACGAAGGGAUGCUUCUCGAGGCGUGGUCUGAGGAAUGGGGACGAGGAGAUGAUAGUCUGGUUUCUUUCCGGGGGUUGCAGCCUGCCCACACGGAAACCUGGAGAUCUUAUCAGAGGUGCUGUUGAUUUCGUGGAGUGCUCAUCCUUCGUAAACAUCAUCGCGACGGACAGGACGACCGAUGGAUGAGAAGUGACCGUGGAGAACGGGGUGGCACUGGAAGAUAACGCGCAGUUCCUGAAGACUACGCGCGGUGAUUUGGAAAAUAAGCUCCAUCGUGAAUAUCGAACGGUUUUUGAAAAUUGUUAGGACCAUGCUUUGUGGCGGGGAACCUGGUGGCUUCUUGAAAGUGGGGAUGAAAGUUCCAAAAUGACUUUGAGCACCGAGGCAUGAAAAUGGACGUUCCGCUCGCAACAUCCGUUUCCUGCUAUCCGAGCUUCCAUCCACGGCGAAGAUAAGAAGCUGGCCCCCUCGACAUCGUCACAGUUCUAAGACAACUAUUCCCCCUGGCAGGAAGCGUUAGAGGUUCACCCCGAUUUUUUUUUAAUA